GACGAUAGAUUAGCCGGCCUGCUAAGUGUUAAACCUGCUCGACACUCGGCUGCUUCUGUCUGAGUUUUAACAGCAGCUCGUGGUCACAGGUUCGGGUCGAUCAUCGUGUUUUCUCCGUUUUUUUUUCACCGUUAAAAGGUCUAAAAAUGUCGAGUGAUUCAGUGAAACUGUCGAAGAACCUGCUGCGGAUGAAGGUGAGAGAUUUAUUCAGUCUUCAUUUAGCUGAUGUUAGCUUUAGCUCUGUGGAGGGGAAACGCUGCUCCGAAUGUCGUUAAGAAAUCACGCAAGAGUGAAAUUCUUGCGGUUUUUGAGAAGCUUGCUGAAGUUAAACAUCUAUAGGUGCAUUUUUAAAGUAAAGUAUUAAUCAUUUAAUCAUUCGGCAUUAAUCAGAUCGAUCAAAUCAGUUCAGUUUGUUGAAAAAUCAUGAAAUAAUCUGACCCACACGGACUUCCUGUGGAUGUUCCGUAUGAUUGUACAAUCGACGGCAUGUGUGAAUGAGGUUUGGUGAGAGAGAUAGGAAGGUUUUCUUCUUUAGUGUAACGACAUUAUUCAAAGUUAUACAAAGAGAUUUUUUCUUUUUCUUUAAAUCUCUAAUUUUAAAUGAAGGUUCCGGACUAUAAACUCUUUACUUCAAACUGUUUAUUUUGUGUUCAUUUAUCUUUGACACGGACACUUGUUUGGUGUACAGAUGGAUUAUUGUGUUCUGUGUUUGUGUUAAAGUUCGGGACAUGUUCGGGGUGUGUAAAGUGAACUUUUGUGUGUUUUUGUCCCAGUUUAUGCAGAGAGGUCUGGACGCUGAGACCAAGAAGCAGCUGGAGGAGGACGAGAAGAGGAUCAUCAGUGAUGAACAUUGGUACCUGGACCUGCCGGAGCUCAAGACCAAAGAGUGAGUUUGAUCAUCAGGAACUUUACGUGAUCAGGAUCAGUUUAUGAUGAGUGGACUUCAGUGAAAGUGGUUCAUUCUGUCGGAUCAGAACUUGUUCAUGGUUUUUAACUCUAAAAGUCCAUCAGCCAAACCUUCACAGCUCUGUUUUUACAGGUGAAGUCAGAGGAAGUUCAUUUAUCGAACAAAGAUCCAGAAACUCUCUGUCCUUGGUUUAUUAAAAAAGAGGUUGAAGGUUUGAUUUUUCUUCUUCCUCAGGAACCUGAUCAUCGAGGAGAGGAGUUUUGUUCCCUGUGAAGACCUGAUGUUCGGUCGGAUCUCCUUCAAAGGUUUUAACCCCGAGGUCGAGGUUCGUCUCAAGAUUUUAGGGUUUCCAACUCGUCUCUGUCUUUUCUGCACGCCUUCGUUUCAUUUGUCCUCAGAGCCUCAAAUAAAGAAAACGAGUAAAUAAGAAAAACCUGCAAGACUUCAGGAAGGAAAGGCGAGAAUAUGAGUUUAUAAAUAUUAACCUGACUGAUGAAAACUGAGAGAAACUCCUCAAACUCCAGUUUGCCCCUCUGUGCCUCCGUACAGAGUCAGGAGGUCUUAAAUCCUGAACUUUGUCGUUGCUGCAGAAACUCAUGGCUCUGCUGAAUCCAAAAGACCAGACCGACAACGAGGAAGAAGAAGACCAGAGCAAGAUGCAGACGGACGUCACAGACGAGGAGAUGGCUCUGAGGUAACCAUGGAGAUGGUGAUGAGGAGGGUCUGUCACAGGCAGGAUGAGCCUCAUGGGUUUUAAAGUCUGUGUGAGACGUUCAUGAAGGAAGUAACGUUCACUCUUUCUUUGUUGAUGUUCAGGUACGAGAGUUUAGUCGGCAGCAUGAAGAAGAAGUUUGCGAAGAAGCGCGAGCGAGCGGUGAUCGAAGAGGAAGACGAGAACCAGAACGUCGUGGAAACAGACUCGAAGAGAACGUUCCUGAAACCUCAGGACUGACGAGGACACGGACAGACGGACAGACGAGGACACGAGGACACGGACAGACGGACGGACAGACGGACUUUUAUUUGAACGAACUUUUUUUGUGUGUGGAGUUUCUGCAGAGCUGCGUUUGUCGGAGCAGCGAGAGCAGAGUUUCAGCUGUGUGGAUGUCAUACAUCCAGAUUUUUAAAAAAGUGUUUUAAGUUUCAGAGCUUCAGUAAAAACUCUGUGAACAAACGUGUCUGAUUUAUGACCUUAAAGGAACAUUCCAACAUUUACAGAAACACACGUCAUC